UAUAUAUAUUUGACUAUCAACAUCUAUAUAUACUCAUUCAUUUUCCAAUUCUUUUCAUCCCACAACUCAUUAUUCAUUUCCACUACUUAGCCUAGUUCUAAAGCUAAGGGUCUCAAAUCUCAAUAAGUUUAGCUAGAAUGGGUAGUGAGAUGAGGGGAUGGAUAUUGGUGGUGCAAUUGGUAAUUUUAGGGUUCAUGAGUUUUUAUGGGGCAAAUGCACAACAAGUGCCUUGUUAUUUUAUAUUUGGUGAUUCUUUGGUGGAUAAUGGGAAUAACAACAAUAUUCAGUCAUUGGCUAGGGCUAACUAUUUGCCUUAUGGUAUUGAUUUUCCUGGUGGACCGACUGGCAGGUUCUCCAAUGGAAAAACUACAGUCGAUGUCAUUGCGGAACAACUGGGGUUCAAUAAUAUUCCACCUUAUGCAUCUGCUAGGGGCAGAGACAUUCUCAGAGGUGUCAAUUAUGCCUCUGCAGCUGCUGGAAUUAGAGAAGAAACUGGCAGACAACUGGGAGCAAGGAUUCCCUUUAGUGGUCAGGUAAAUAAUUACAGGAACACAGUGCAACAAGUGGUGCAAAUAUUAGGAAAUGAAAAUGCAGCUGCUGAUUAUCUUAAGAAGUGCAUUUACUCAAUUGGACUGGGCAGCAAUGAUUAUCUCAAUAAUUAUUUCAUGCCCAUGUAUUAUUCCACUAGCAGACAAUUCACUCCUGAACAAUAUGCUAAUGUUCUUAUUCAACAAUAUACUCAACAACUAAGGAUUUUGUACAACAAUGGAGCAAGGAAGUUUGCUUUGAUUGGAGUGGGCCAGAUAGGGUGCAGCCCAAAUGCAUUGGCCCAAAACAGCCCAGAUGGGAGAACUUGUGUACAAAGAAUCAAUGUAGCAAACCAGAUAUUCAACAACAAACUCAAGGCACUUGUUGAUAACUUCAAUGGAAAUACACCUGAUGCAAAAUUCAUCUACAUUGAUGCUUAUGGCAUUUUCCAAGACCUAAUUGAAAAUCCCUCUGCCUUUGGAUUCAGAGUGACGAAUGCGGGAUGUUGUGGGGUAGGAAGGAACAACGGCCAGAUUACAUGUCUUCCUUUCCAAAGACCAUGCCCAAAUAGAAAUGAAUAUCUAUUUUGGGAUGCAUUUCAUCCAACUGAAGCUGCAAAUAUAAUUGUUGGGAGAAGAUCAUAUAGAGCUCAAAGAUCAUCUGAUGCAUACCCUUUUGAUAUUAGUCGUCUAGCUCAAGCUUGAAGACAAAUCAAGUGUCUUAUCUUCAUUUCAAAUAUACUAUUAAAUAUUAAUUAUUGUGGAAUUGACAUCUUUAAUUACUAUAAGAUGUGAUCAUAAGUGUUUAAUAUGAUCUUUAGUGUUUUUUCUUUUUUUUUGUUUUGACAAAAUGUUGUAUUUUCCACUUUUUAAUGAAGAAUUUUGUUAUGAGUUUGCCUGUA